UCGUAUUAAAGAAACGAGAGAACAGUAUUAUUGCACUGUUUGUGACAAAGAUCAUGUUUAUCUUCACUCGAAUCUCACAACUACAAUAAUUCCUAAUGUCCAACCUCUCGUAAAAGUAUCACUCGAGGAGACCAUUUCUGAAGACAUGAAGAGAUGCAGUUUCGCAAUGGGAGUGUCACCAAAUGUACUGGAGCAAAAUAAACACAACAUUACAAGUAUCGCUAAAAAGGCUGCUCUUUUCUUGGAAACAUUUUGGGAGAUUGUACCAAAAGACUACCUCUCCGACUACAAGAGUACUCUAAUGUUACAAUAAGUGACACAGUUUUUAAGUUUCUAAAGAAAAGUUACCAGCUUACAAAAACAAAAAUGGUACUAUUUCUCAAUCUGAUAUACCAUGGCUACAUAUAAGGAGCUCUUUGAGACUCCAACACAAGGAAAUCAAACACUCCAGUGUCUACCUUAUUUUUUAUUGCCUUGUAUACCAAAGAGUGGAACGACAACCCUUCAUUCAACACUGUCCCAGCAUCCUCAGAUAAUAAAGCCGGACAUCAAAGAGCCUCAAUGGUGGCACAAGCUACCAGUUUCCCCACCGGCUAGCAAGAAGUAUAUGCAUGUCAUUGCUGCAAGAUAUCUAUCAACUUUCCUGUAUCCAUCCUCAGAGAUUAGUGGGAGAAAAGUUGGCGGUUCUCUCGUAACGUACGAUGCUUCACAGGCAAUGAUGGUCAAUCUCCAUGAUUCAGGCUUUCAUAUUAAUCACGAGGACUAUUGUGCUUUUCCAGCAGUGAUAUCCAGGGUACUACCCCAAGCAAAGAUUAUUGUGCUAAUGCGAGAUCCUGUUCCUAGAGCAUAUUCACAUCAUCUUUUCAUGAAUCGUGAGUGGCCUAUUGAUAAAAAACAGGAUCCUGCACUUUAUUUUGAAAAACACAUUCAAAAAGCUGUAAACGAGUUUCAACAAUGCGUUAGGAACAAUUCAAUCUAUGAGUGUGUCAAUAAAGUUCGGACUGACUUUAAACAAUUAAGUAUGUGGCUGGGCAGUGGAGUUUACCACAUACACAUUCAGAAGUGGAUGCAAUUUUGGCCAAAAGAACAAUAAAAACUGAAAAAAUGGCACUGCAACCUGUUUCUACACUAAAGAAGAUCACAGACUUUCUUUCGCUGGAUCCAUUUCCAGAUAAGACAAAUUUAGGGACAGUUGUAUCAAUUUUAAGGAUGAGUACAAUACUUACAGCCAAGAUUAGAGUUAUAUAGGCUACCCCCACUCCACACUGAUUGUUAUCUUUUGCCAUGGCAAUCUCUCCUCGAGGGUGCAUGUAUAAAUCCAUUUUUAUGCUUUGUACUUUAUUUUGACCAUUAAUUUU